UUCUCAUGCUUAAUAAUGGCUGUGCCGUCGAGAGUAUGCAACAACACUAAAAAUUCCAAUUAUUUUUAAAUUAAAAAAAAAACCCAAUAAAAACAAUAAAAAUCCCAACAAUACAAAUUACAACACAACGCCUUUGGCUUUGGCUUUGCUUUGUCCAAAUAUCUAACAAACCCCACGUAAUUUUCCCUCGAACAAUCCAAACCCACCUCUCAGUUUCACCCCCAAAACCCGCCACUUCUCUCUCUAACCUCCCUCUCUCUCUCUCUCUUCCAUUCCACUCUCAGAUCCACCAUCCACACGUCCAAUAACGCCAAAAACCAGACGACGUCGCACCACAUCCGUUUCUCUCUUCAAUUUUCUUCCCACUGUUUUCCGCUCUCCCGAUUUUGGUUUCUUCUGGUCUGGGCGGCUUAAAUGCCGUUUAGAGAGAGAGAGAGGGAUUUUUUUAGCUGAAGAGAUAGAGAGAGAAACAAAGAGAGAUGGCUGGUCAGGUGGUUAAAGUAAAGAGGGAGAGGCUGGAGGCAUGCAUGACGUGCCCUCUUUGUAAUAAGCUCUUGAAAGAAGCUACGACCAUUUCUCUUUGCCUCCACACGUUUUGCAGAAAGUGCAUUUAUGAGAAGCUCUCAGAUGAGGAGGUCGACUCUUGUCCUGUAUGCGAGAUUGAUUUGGGCUGCCUUCCAGUGGAGAAACUCAGGCCAGACCACAAUUUGCAAGAUAUCCGGGCCAAGAUCUUUCCUCUUAAAAGGAGAAAGGUCAAUGCACCUGAAGUUACACCCUCAAUUCCAGUGCCAGUGAAAAGGAAGGAGAGAUCACUAUCUUCCUUAGUGGUUAGCACGCCCAAAGUUCCGAUACAAACUGGCUUGACUGGAAGGCGGACAAAAGCUGUUGCAAGAAGAGCUGCUGCUUUACGAGGUUGUACUUUUGCUGUGGAAGGGCCUGUAAAGAGGGAAGAUUCUGCAGAAGACCAUUCAUUAGGCUCGAGCUCACCUGAAUCUCAAAACAAAAGUGCUCGAAAUAAAAUGCAGGAUUCUUCCACAGCUGAGCCUUCGGGUGGGCAAAAGGCUACUAAAGAGACAGAUGAUGUUGUAAUGGAAGGGAAAGGUGAUCUGUGGACACCAUUAAAUUGUCUUGUAGAAGCUGCUAAUAGAACCAAGACCUCCAAGUCUAAUACGCAAGGCCUUACUGUUUCAAAAUCAGAACCAAGAAAUGUUUCUGAAAGCGAAUUACGUAUACCCGAAAGCAAAACUGAAGCAGAAUCAAGAAAUGCAUCAGACAAUCAAUUGUACGUGCCUAAGACAAAAACGAAGGACCCUGAACAGACAAAAGUGAAAAUUAACAGCAAUGGAGCAUCCUUGCUUCCUGGGCCAGUGAAACGCAGAAGGUUGCGCGCGGCAAAUCGCAACAGAGCAGCAUCAUCGUCUGGAGAGCUGUCUACUUCUGCCCAGGUUAUCCUCGAUGCAUCAGGGGCUAACCACAACAGAAGAAACAGUCCAAUUUGGUUCUCAUUGGUUGCUUCAGAAGAUAGGAAAGGAGAUAGUUACUUGCCACAGAUCUCUGCGUGCUAUUUGAGAAUAAAGGAUGGAAAAAUGCCGGUCUCAUUUAUCCAGAAGUACCUUGUAAAGAAACUUGAUCUUACUAGUGAAGCUGAGGUUCAGAUUUUGUGUCGCGGUCGGCCAGUGCUUCCAACACUGCAACUACAGAAUCUGGUUGAUCUGUGGUUCCGGACAGCAUCAACAUCGAAAAAAGUGCCGGCAUCCGUUGGUUCCUCAGCCAAGGACUUUGUGAUGGUUCUCUCCUAUUGUCGAAAAGUCUAAAACCACCCACGAGAACAAGCUACUGAGGAAUUUUGUCCAUCCUUUUCACGAGUUUUACAAGUUCAAUUUUCCAAUACACAGUCGCCAUUUCUUUUAUGGCUAUAUGGCACUAUGAUUUUCUUGUUAUGUCAUGACUCGCGUGUGUUUGUUGUUGUACCGUGCAAAAUUUAGUUAGUAUGUAUGAAUUCUUUGAUUGAUUUAUUCCAUUUAUUUUAUCCAUGGCGUGUAUAAUAUGUUAAAUUGUAACGAUAACUCCAAAUGU